AUGGUGCUGCCGUGGGCGGCGGGGGGCGCGGAGGGGCCCCCUGCGCGGCUGCCUCUGGCGCUUACGGCGUUGUGGGCCGCGGCCGUGGGCCUGGAGCUGGCCUACGUACUGGUGCUGGGCCCGGGGCCGCCGCCCCUGGGGCCGCUGGCUCGGGCCUUGCAGCUCGCGUUGGCCGCCUUCCAGCUGCUCAACCUGCUGGGCAACGUGGGGCUCUUCCUGCACUCCGAUCCCAGCAUCCGGGGCGUGAUGCUGGCCGGCCGCGGGCUGGGCCGGGGCUGGGCUUACUGCUACCAGUGCCAAAGCCAGGUGCCACCUCGCAGUGGGCACUGCUCUGCCUGCCGCGUCUGCAUCCUUCGCCGAGACCACCACUGCCGCCUGCUGGGCUGCUGCGUUGGCUUCCACAACUACCGGCCCUUCCUGUGCCUGCUGCUUCACACUGCAGGGGUCUUGCUCCACGUCUCUGUGCUGCUGGGCCCUGCACUCUUGGCCCUGCUCCGAGCCCACAGCCCCCUCCAAGCCACUGUACUCCUCCUCCUCCCCUGGCUUAUGCUGUUCACAGGUAGGGUGUCUCUGGUGCAGUUCGCCCUGGCCUUCGUGAUGGACACGUGCAUGGCGGGGGUGCUCUUGUGCGGGGCGGGGCUCCUCUUCCACGGGAUGCUGCUGCUUCGAGGCCAGACCACAUGGGAGUGGGCCCGGGGCCAGCACCACUAUGACCUGGGCCUCUGCCACAACCUGCAGGCGGCCCUGGGGCCCCGCUGGGCUCUUGUCUGGCUCUGGCCCUUCCUGGCCUCCCCCUUGCCUGGGGAUGGGAUCUCCUUCCAGACCUCCGCGGAUGCAAGGACUCACAGAUGAGCUAGAACUGUGCUGGGGCGGGCCAGCUCCUAAUACAAGCAGGGGCUGCCCCAGAAUAAACCAGGCUGCUGCCCCCUGUCCCCCCUGCCAGCUGGAGCUAGAGAGCUGGGCUCCACUGGGCAUCCCCAGCUCCAUCCUUCACUGCGGCCGUGUCCCUGUUCUGCUUGGACUCCUAGUGUCUAGGCCUGGGGCUCUGCCUCAGUUGCUUUCCCCAUGUGCUUGGGAGGAUCUGGGAGGGGCCGCCUGGCUAGCCUCACUACCCCUCACCAGACCAAUAAAGCACCCACACUUGUUCGCCCAA